AUGUUGUAUGAUCACAUCGUGACCUUAAUUACUGAGGUAGAUCUGAUCUGGAGUAGAAGCUGGUCUUUUGUCAAGCUGUUAUUCAUCUCACAUCGAUAUUUUGGCCUUCUCUGUGUUAUUAUUGAAGUUAUUGCUUUCUUUAACGAUGAAGUUACGGACAGCGUAAGCACAUUUUGGUUUGGUUGGGAGCUCAUGGGGUUCAGUACUGCUAUACUAACAUCAGAACUUGUCUUGUUUCUGUGGAUCUAUGUCUUGUAUGAUGGAAGCAGACGUAUCACUGGUUUCCUAGGAGGUUGUUUUUUGGCAGAGGCGAUUGCUAUGUAUACGAUGUUGGGCAAGUCUUUCGAGGACAUCCAUGUUGCGUCUCACAUCAUACCUUCACACGCGUUUUGUAGCCUGCUCAAUCCUCCUCCGUUCCUCUUUCAUUAUUGGAUUCCGAUAUUGGCUUACAACGCAAUUAUCCUGCUAUUGAUUGGCUACAAAGGGUACGAAAUCCUCGCUUCCCCUCGUGCAAGACAGCAGAACGCGGCACUCGUUGGGGUGUACACCAAGUCCACUAUAAACUUUGUAAUUAUGUUUUCGGCAUAUUUGCUUUGCUGCAUAUUCUGGAUUUAUGCAGAGUUUGCGUUGGGUCAGAUACCGGUGGUCCUAGCGUUGUCGCUUUCAAUCACGAACGCUAGCAAUCUAUUACUGCAUAUUCGGCAAGCCUACUAUUCGCUACGUUACGAACCCGAAAUACGCGUCGAGAGAAUGACGAUUUACGUGGACAGCCGUUACAGUAGUAACUCGGGUGAAUGGAUGUACGAGCUAAGAGAGUUGAAGUGGAAAAAACGUUGA